AUGGGGAUGUUUGUUGUUGUUUACUUUGAUGAUAUCUUAGUUUUUAGCAAGGAGGAUGUCGAACAUGAGAAACAUUUGGAGAAGGUUGUUGAAACCUUAAGAAGGGAGAAGUUGUAUGCACAACUCAAGAAGUGCAUCUUUUAUGCUGAUAGCGUUUGCUUCCUUGGUUACAUAGUAACUAGUGCUGGUAUUCAAGCUGAUCCAAGUAAGAUAGAGGCAAUCUUAAGUUGGCCAAGUCCUAGGUCAAUUUCAGACAUAAGGAGCUUUCAUGGAAUGGUGUCCUUCUAUAGACGGUUUAUUAAAGAUUUCGGCACAUUGGUUGCUCCUAUAGCUGAGUGUUUGAAGGGAGGCAUAUUCAAGUGGAAUGAAGAUGCCCAAAAGAGUUUUGAAUUGAUCAAGAAUAAGAUGACACAAGCUUCUAUCCUUCAGUUACCAAACUUUAAUGAUCUAUUUGAAGUAGAAUGUGAUGCUUCAGGUGUUGGCAUUGGAGGAGCCCUUAGUCAAGCAGGUAAACCCAUUGCAUACUUUAGUGAGAAGUUGGGUGGACCUAAGCUUAGGUAUGCCACCUAUGAGAAAGAGUUUUAUGCUAUUAUUCGAGUUUUGCAACAUUGGAGUCAUUACUUGCUGCCCAGAGAGUUUGUUCUAUAUUCUGAUCAUGAGGCGAUAAAGUAUCUUAAUCAUCAACAAAAACUCAACGCGAGGCAUGCAAAAUGGGUAGAGUUCCUUCAGAAUUUUCAAUUUGUGAUCAAGCACAAGGCUGGAAAACUAAAUCAAGUUGCUGAUGCUCUUAGUAGAAAACCAUGUGGCAAGCAACUUUGCAUACCACAAGGCUCUAUAAGAGAGUCCAUUGUUAGAGAAGCACAUGAGGGUGGAUUAGCUGGUCACUUUGUCCAUUCUAAGACAUCAAAGAUGAUUCAAGAAAACUUCUAUUGGCCCAAGUUGAAUCGAGAUGUUUUGAGGUUGAUUGAACGUUGUGAAAGUUAUAAAAGGGCAAAGAUGCAUGGUAGAUAUAAAGGGUUAUACGAACCUUUGCCAAUUCCCACAACACCUUGGGAACAUAUCAGCAUGGAUUUCGUGCUUGGAUUACCAAGAACUCAAGAAGGUAAGGAUUCUAUCUUUGUCGUUGUAGACAGGUUCUCUAAGAUGGCCCACUUUAUCUUAUGCAAAAAGACAAGUGAUGCAACACAUGUGGCUGUUUUGUUCUUUAACCAUAUUGUCAAGUUGCAUGGUAUUCCUAGAAGUAUUAGGGAUGGACAAACAGAGGUAGUCAAUCGGAGUUUGGGUUCCCUAUUAAGAAGUCUGGUUAAGAAGAACAUAAGAGAGUGGGAGUUAUUGCUGCCACAGGCUGAAUUUGCUUUCAACAAGUCCGUGAAUCGAACAACCGGAAAGAGUCCUUUUGAAGUGGUGUAUGGUAAGAAUCCUCUUGGUCCCUUAGAAUUAUCUCCUCUCAUUCAAAAUCAUUCUUUUAGUGGAGAUGCUGAUGAGAGAGUUAAAGAGUUGAAGAAAAUUCAUGAGAAUGUUUUACAGGAGAUUGAGAGAGUGGAGCUACCAGAAGAGUAUGGGGUAUCCCCGAUAUUUAAUGUAGCUGAUCUUGCACCAUUUAUUGAGCCUUCAGACUCGAGGACGAGUCUUUCUCAACCAGGGAGAAUGAUGCAAAUCGAGAAGCUAUAUUGGGCUUUUGAUUAUGACGAAGGGUCUGAUAUUAAUCCCUUUCAUGAUGUUGAUGAAGAUGACUCUAGCGAUAAUUCUGAUUUUACUAGGAGACGACAGGAUGAUGAAUUUGAUCAUCCAAGAAGAAGGAGGAAUCAUAUAAGGGAGAAAAGAGAUGAUGUGAAGGUUGAUGUUCCUGAUUUUGAUGGAAAAGCCCAAAGGGAUGCGUUUAUAGAUUGGUUACUCACUGUUGAAUGA